AUGGAUUUCGUCAGCAAACUCGCCGAAAAGUUCCUCGACAAGGACAAGUCCAGCAGCAGCCAAGAAGGCUACGGCAACCAGGGCGGAUACGGUGGACAGCAGUCCGGAAGCUAUGGCGGCGGCUACCCUCAACCGCAACAACAUUCAGGCCCUCAAGUGUCUCCCCCUUGGGUCGCCCGGUGGGAUGAGCAGUCACAGCGCUGGUUCUACGUGAACGAGCAGACCGGCGAGAGGACCUGGAACCACCCAGGCCAGGGCGGUGGCUACGGACAGCCGCAGCCUUCCUACGGUGGCGGUGCGCCUUACGGUGGAGAGCAGUCGUAUGGCCAGCAGCCCUCGUAUGGAGGAUAUGGUGAUUCGCGCCAGGGAGAUUACUAUCAGCAGCAGGAGCCUAAGAAGGAUCACUCUACGGCGAAAAUUGCGGGUGCUGCGGCUUUAGGUGUGGCUGGUGGAGCGUUGGCAGCGUAUGGUAUCCAUGAAGCGCAUGAGAGCUGGGAAGAGAAUAAGGAAGAGGUGAAACAAAAUGUAGAGGAUUUCCCUGAAAAUGCGGCGGAAUGGACCGGCGAAAAGGUCGGUGAGGUCGAAGCAGGUUGGGAUCGCGCCGAAGAUCGAGUCGAAGAAGGCUGGGAUCACACCGUCAAUGCGGUUGAGGACUUCCCCGAAAAUGCUGCAGAGUGGACUGGCGAAAAGGUCGGAGCCGUGGAACGGUUCGGUGAUGAUAUGCACGAUGCAUACGAACGGGGAGAGGAUGAGGGCCGCCGUGACGACGAUUGGUAG